AUGUGCCGCUCAAUGAUCCCCCCACGUGCCCCUCAUGCGACCCCCAAUGCACCCCCCCCAUGUGCCCCUCCAUGCGCCCCCCAUGGCGUCCCCCAUGCGCUCUCCCGUGCGUUCCCCCAUGUGUUCCCCUAUGCGUUCCCCCAUGUGUUCCCCUAUGCGUUCCCCCAUGUGUUCCCCUAUGCGUUCCCCCAUGUGUUCCCCUAUGCGUUCCCCCAUGUGUUCCCCUAUGCGUUCCCCCAUGUGUUCCCCUAUGCGUUCCCCCAUGUGUUCCCCCAUGCGUUCCCCCAUGUGUUCCCCUAUGCGUUCCCCCAUGUGUUCCCCUAUGCGUUCCCCCAUGUGUUCCCCCAUGCGUUCCCCCAUGUGUUCCCCUAUGCGCUCCCCCAUGCGCUCCCCCAUGCGCUCCCCCUUGCUCUCCCCCGUGCGUUCCCCCGUGCGUUCCCCCAUGCACCUCCCCAUGGCCCCUCUCAUGCAUUACUAUGCGAGGGCAUGAGGCGCCACGGGGGGGCUGGCCAGUGUGGUGGGGGAACGGAUGAGCACCGGGCGGGCCCGGCCCGGUCCAACCCAACCCAUGCACCCAUCCACCGCCACCCACCCAUCCGCACCAUGCAUGCAUCAGGCACUGGAGGGGCUGCCGGGGCACUGGAAGGGCUGGCGGUGGUGUUUGGAGGGCUACAGGAGGACCCAUGGGCGGUGCACAGCAACUUGACUCAGAGGCUCUUCGCCGACUAUGUGCUGCGCACACAGGCCGCCCGCCCCUGGGUGCACGCCACCGCCUAUGCCGCCUUUGUCAAUGGCUCCGACAGGGAGGCCUUCGAGCGGCGCAUGCGGUGCCCACUGGUGGACAUGCAGGGCAGGCCUGUCCCGCGCGCGGACUGGUACAUGGACCCGCGCUUCUGGUUCGACAAGCACCACCCCUUGGAUGCCGUUCAGCGCAGCACGGAUUGCCUGGACGCCAGGACGCACCCGUCGUACGGGCCGCAGCUGACCCGCGUGAAGGACACGGGCGGCAACAUGCUCACUUCGCCCUAUGUGCUCUCCAAUGGGCAUCCAGGCAUGGCCAUGAUAAUGCCAGUCUUCAAAGGCAACGUGACGAUGGAGUCGGCGCAGCGAGAGAGGCGAGCAGCGUUCAUGGGAGUCAUAGCAGCGUCGGUGGACUUCAACCAACUUGCCGACUUCAUCAUUCUUGAAGUGCUCCGGCAAGCAGCGUUGGUGGGUGUCAUAGCAGCGUUGGUGGGUGUCAUAGCAGCGUCGGUGGGUGUCAUAGCAGCGUUGGUGGGUGUCAUAGCAGCGUUGGUGGGUGUCAUAGCAGCGUCGGUGGACUUCAACCAACUUGCCGACUUCAUCAUUCUUGAAUAUCUCCCUGGGCUGUACAACGUGCGUGCAACGUGCAGGCAUGCAAAGUGCCGGCGGGCUGCUCUGCUCCCCCUCACACGCUUGCUGCGCUGUGCUGACCAAACAGAGCAUCCCCCUCUCGCCGGUGCAGGCGCGGAGUAUUCCCUCGAAGUGUACGACGUAACAGCCACGGCCGGCCCCCGCAACUCCUCCACCUCCACCGCACUGGGCCCGUACCUGCUGUACGGGGUGGGCGACUUGCCGCAAGGCGACCCCAUGCAAGUGGCCAAGCUCAUUCCGCCGUCCAACGAGACCAUGCUGCAGCCGCACCGACACAAGGCCGUGCACCAGAUCAACCUCACCGAUUCCUCCCGCACCUACCAGCUCUGGUGCCGCUUCCAGGGCUCGGACGAAGCCCACAACGUGACAGCCAUAUUCCUGGGGCUCAUCAUCCUCGUGGUGGCGGCACUGCUGGCAGCUUUUGAGUCCACUCAGCACCAGACCCAUCGUAUCGGCGUGAGCGUGGCGCUCAACACGAGGAGGGUGCACGACAAGAUAGAGGCGGAGAAGGUACUCAAGGAGACGGCGCAGGCAGCGGAGCGCAACAAGAGUGCGUUCAUCGCCAGCACGGCCCAUGAGCUGCGCACUCCCAUCAAUGGCAUGGAAGGCAUGCUGAAGCAGCUAAACGAGGGAGGGCUGGACGAGAGGCAGAGGGAGGACGAGGGGACAGCGCUGGAGGAAGCAGGGAGGAUCCUGAGGCUCGUAAACUCAGUGCUGGAUGUGUGCAAGGCAGAGGCAGGACGCCUGCAUCUAGAGAGCCUGCCGUUUGACCUGCGCUCAUGGCUGCGUGACGUGCUGCACCCACACGUGCUCGCUGCUCAGGAGCGAGGCCUAAAUUUGACGUGGCAUGUGGAUGGGGAUGUGCCCGGUGUGCUGCUGGGGGACUGCCUUCGCCUGCAGCAAGUGCUGGAUAGAAUAGUUG